CUGGCUGGGGUUUGCUAAUUCACUUUUUUAAAUGGUGGUUUGGUUUCGGUUUUGGGGACACACUGCUCAGGUAAGGGGGCUUAGGAUGCUCGCGGGCUCCUUCUCCCUUGCCCUGGCGACGGAGCCCAGCACGGGGAAGGAAAAAGCCGCCGUCGGAGAGCUGUUGGUUGCGGAGGGCGGGGACUGUGCUGGCACAACUUUUGCCUUAAAGACAGCGAAACCGCAUCCACCCCCAAGCCGUUGGCAGCCGGCUCUCCUGGCCUUGGUGUCCUUUGCGCCAGCCCGUUCCUUGGCAGCACCACCAUGCGCUGCCGGAUGUGGGGUUGGUACCUGCUCCGGCCAGACAGGUGGGGGUGAGGCGGCAUAGCGAGCUGCGCCCACGUCCCGCUUCCUGCUUUACGGAGGAACGGCGGUGCAUUCCCGGCGCUGCCGGCGAAAGGGUGGGGGAGGCUUUGGGCAAGGCGUCCUAAGCGGCUCCCCUCCCUCUGUGCAUCCACCUUCCUGCGGCCCCAUCACCAGCUUCUCUUGCCCACAGCCACCUCCUCACUGUCACGGAAGCGUGCAGGCUUAUCGGGCAGGCAAACCCCAUGGCUCCUCCUGCCCCUGCUCCUCGCCCCCUCUGUGGGGCGGCCACACACAAGGAGGUGUGGUGGCAGAAAGGAGGAGCCGCUGCGGUGGGGUGGGCCCUCGGCAAGUGCCCGGGGAAGCCGGGCCUCAACGCCGGCCCUGCGUUCAGCUAAACUGCCUUAAAUGACCUGCAUCAUCGUUUCUGCGGGGUGGUUUAGUCGCUUUCAAAGCGCAUCCUGUCACCCGGACCACGCCUUUAAAUGGAUCGACCCCGGCCCGAUUCUGUGGCCCUGCUAGGAAUCUCGGGAGCCCUCCUGCACGCCCUGCCCAGGGGGAAGCGCCUCCAUUGCCCCCAGCAAUGGCUUCCCAGUGUAGAGAGAGAGCCGUAAAAGCAAGACUGGGCAGAGGCGGGUUUUGUGGCAGCCAAACGAGCCCAAGCAGUCAGGGUUGCAAACGGCUUUUGUCGCCACCUGAAAAUCCAGGCUUCGCCAAGGCUCAGUCCAGGCGAUGGCCCGCGUGUCCGAAACCCACUUCCAGCACCCUCACAGCUGAAGAGACGAGCUUGUGGAUUUCUCGGCACCAGCCCGUGUGGCUCACAACAUUGUGAUGUUCUCGAGAUGUGAAUGUCUGGAGGAGUUUGGAAAUGGUCUCUCAAACGUUUAAUAAGGCAGGGAGUAGAAGGGAACCAACUCACAGGUAGAAAGAAAAACCUUAAGGACAAGAAAUUGGGAGGGGAAAAACCAACACUUGCAGGCUUCUUUCCUAACCAACCUGUGCCUUUUAACAGCCGAACACAUUUACGCAACGGGAUCAGGAAUGAUCAAGUCAAAAUGUUCAUCAGCCAGUGAAAAUGUUGUACAGUGUUGUAAAUACUGUAUUUCUGUGUGCGUGCGUGUGUGUGUGUGUUGUUUUCUAAGAUACCAAUUUUCUGUAAUGUUUACAGCUGUGCACUUAAGUGUUUCACUAGAAGAGUGAUUCGUUGGCAUGCACAAGAAAAUUUGUUUUUGCAAAAACUAGGAGUUAUGUUAGCCCAAGUGGGUUCGGACGCAUUCCACAAUGUUUCUUCUCGGGUGGACAGAAACUAACAGGUUUGUUUUUUAAAGGAUCUGUACAAAAUACUGUUGUAACCAAAACUUAUUUCAUAUUUAAAGCUGGUUUCUAGAACUCAAAUGUAGUAAUGAUGUCAAAAAAUAUUAUUGUUUUUCUCUUGAAGUAUAUUUUGGAAAAACAUAGACAAAUGCUUCCAUUUUGUAUUCUUGUGUAUCAUUUUGAAUACCUUUUUUUAAAAAAAAUGCAGUUUGUUAAUGCUAUUUUAAACAUGGGGAACAAUCAUAUUAAAUUUGAGUGAUAAUCCUGACGGUUCAGGUAGAAAAACGUGGUGGAUCUACUUUUUCCUUUCUUGUAAAGAGUGACAUAAUCCACUGGCGACCAUCAUUUUUGCCAUGGGAAUGUUGCUUCUUGACAGCAACUCUCUUCCCCCAACAAAGCCAGUCUUCUGUCAGAGGAAGGGGACCUUCUGUGUCCGGUAACUCACUGCCCUUGUGGAAGUUUCCAAAAGAGAGUAGACAUUCAGCGAAACUGGGCAGGGACAGGAAGCACAAGUGCCUCAUACUUCCUGCUCUUCCAGACAUUAAAAGCCAUGUGCAGAAUGUCACAUAUGCAUGUCCCCUUCCCCAUCAGCCAUUUCCAAGUGGCGUGCGGCAAGAGAGCCGGCUUACGAGCACGUAAGCCAGAAGCACCCCCGCUUGGCAGACUAUUGUAGUGUCCAGAUUAAGUGUUCUGGUCCCCUUGCCUUCUUGCAGCCAUAUAUUGCUGACGCAGAUCAUUUUGCCACAGAGUGCUUAGGCAGAGCUGCAAAGCUGCACUUAAACAUAAUCAUUGACUGAAUUCAGAGUCUGCAGAGAAACAUCACUGCAAAGACCCCCCUGGGAAAUAUGUUUACCAAUACUUUUAGUACUGAGCACUGGGAAGCUACUUUCUUUCUUUUUGACAAGUUCAUUCUGCAAGUUAAACGGUGCAUAAUAAGGAGUUCUUUCUUGCAAAACAGUAACAAAUACUGGUUCAGGUUCACGUUUUAUUCUAAAUCUAUAUAUAAAUCUAUAUCGAUAUAAUUUUAUGUGUAACUAAAAGCUACAUGACUGUGGUUCCUGUAUUUUCGUCUAGGUGGGUCCUUUUCUUUAAGAAUAUUAACUCAUUGCUCCCCUGUAUUGGACUCGUUAAAGAAAUACUUCUGAUGAUUUGAAAUGUGGAUUUUCUGAUUUGCCAACACUGUGUUAUAAUAAAAGCGAUUCAUGCUGUCCAAAGAGUUUGCUUUCAUUUUGCAUCCACUCAGCAAACUUAAGUGUGCACAGAGGAGGAGGAAAUUGUGCCAGAUGAAUCACGUGUGUGGCGUGGCGGUGGCUGGCAGGUCAGGAUGGUUUUGGUGUGGUGAGUGUGAAUAUUCACUGGUGCCAUCGAGGGGGAAGAUGAGGGCACAGGCCAGGGCCCCCCACAAACCAAGGUGCUGGUGACAAGUGGCAGCGUUUGCCUUGUGUUCCUGUUUGUUUGUUUUUUAACUUUUCACAGCAGGUUUCCUGUGGAGGGAACUCCAGCCAAAGCCACCCUUUUAUUGGCUCAGCAUAUCCCUUUCCCGUGGGCAGGCUUGUCUGUUGAAAUUGCCCCAAGUGGCUUUUUCGCUGCAAAGAAAAAAAAGCCAGGCCCUCAUUACAUCUUCCCAGCAAGUAGGAAAACAACUACAGCCCAGGUGACCUCUAAUUUCUCUGUCAUCUCUCCGUGUGGCAGCCUUUGCUAAAAGCCAUAAGUCAACCCUAAUCUUGGAUCUUAUUUUGGCCUUCAGUCUCGUAACAUAUGAUCUUGUUGAAAAAAAUAUUUAAAGCGCUGGUUGUCUUUCCCACACAUUCAGGGGAACAGAGGACCUGUCUCUCUGCGAUUGAAUCUGAUUGGCAGCUAAAGUAGAUUUUGGAAGCAUGUUUCAUUAGAGCGAAAUAGAUGGUUAAUACCUGAAUCCUUUAAAAAGCUGCAUACUCCGAGUAAUUUCUUAAAACUGCACUGAAAAGGCAAAUGGGUAAUAGUUUUGAAUUAAUAUCGAUUUUAUGUUCACUUCUAAUCCAUUUGAGAUAGUAGUGAAAUUAGUUACUUUUUUCUGCUACAAUGGCUUGAACUAAGUGGAAUACAUUGGAAAUGCAGGAAAGUGACCCUAAAUUACAUUCUCAGCAAUAACCGACAUAGGGAACUGACUUAGCAGUUUUAUCAACAGAAAAAAACUACCAAGAAUACAUGGGGGAAUGAACACUUCUGCAGUAUCCUGUUAUAUGUUCCAUUAGGUGCUGAAAUUCCCCCGCUAGCCCUUUGUAAUACCUCUUACCAAGCUUCCAGUUUUAGUAAGCCUAGCCUGGCACUUGCCUCAAUCGAUCUGCUACUGCCUCCAUACCUUUACAAUUUCAAUUUCUAAAAAGUAAGGGCUAUUGUAUUGGUUAGGUUUUAAAAUGUGAUUGCUAUAUUUGAACGUGCCUUGGCUUCAUUUAGUAGAUAUUCCCCAGCUUUACAAGGAAAAGCUAAUGAACCGCCCAGAUCUUUAAAAAAGAUGGAAACAAACAAAAACAAAUCCUGACGAUAGUAACUUGGCGUACAACAAAUGAGAACAACAUAACUAUUCUAGAUAACUUUCCCCGCUUAUGGAUGUAUGCAGGAGUUUGUCUCUUUUGCUUCACAGGUUUGAACUGUUACACAGAUACUUAAGUUUCAUUGCUUGAUUUUACAUAUUUGCUCAUCUCAACAUCUGAAGCUUUGACAAAAUCUUGGAAAGUCUGCUGUUCCGUAACGGUUGCUGGUCGUACAGACACACACUGGAAAACCUUCCUUUUGGUAUCAUAGUUUCCCACACACCUGUGAACCUGACCUCGGAUUAAUCUUGCCAGCAGUAAGGAAUUCAGGAUUUUGGCCCCAUGGGAGUAACUUGGCCCUGGCAGAAAAUCUCCGACUGCCAGCUGCUCCCCCAGCAUUGCGUUUCCAACAGCGGGAAGCUUGCAGGCCUCAUGGAAAUCGACAGGGAGAGCAGACGUUCCUGGGCUCAGAAACCUAACCAAGAUUCUACGGAUGCAGGGCCUUCUCAGCCAACCAGGCACCCAGACCCAGCUGCUUUGGUCAGCCCACACGCAAAACUCUUCCACAUCCAACGCUUCAUCUUAGUGAACUUCUGAUUGAACGCUCUGAUCGACAUAACCAAGCCACAUUUUUGAUCGGCCCUGUUGGGACACUGGGAGUUAAACAUUCUUUGGACCAAGUCAUCCCACUCUGGAAAAUAACGACCUUGCCAAGCUUUAGUCCCCAACUGUGUUUAGAAAUGCAGCGUGUUUGUUCUCUGAGCGUUGUUUUUUCCCAGAGACAAACCUCCUGCAUGUUGAAUGAGCAAGUGCCUGAAGUUACUUCACAGAAUGACUUCUUGCCAGGUUGUACCAGUAGCUCCUGUACGAAGAGUCGCUCUCUUUGGAGGAACGCACGGCAAUGAGCUGUCAGGGGUAUUUCUGGUCAAAUACUGGCAGAAGAACAGAACGGAGAUCCAGAGACCAGGGCUGGAAGUGACACCUUUCAUUGCAAAUCCAAGAGCUGUAGAGCAGUGUUGCAGAUACAUUGACUGUGACCUGAACCGAGUGUUUGAUGCUGAAAGUCUAGGUCGGCGGUGUGCAGACAACGCUCCCUACGAAGUCAGGCGGGCGCAAGAGCUCAACCGCAUAUUUGGCCCGAAAGGGAGCCGUGAUGCCUACGACCUCAUUUUCGAUCUGCACAACACAACGGCUAACAUGGGUGGCACCCUCAUACUGGAAAACUCCCGGGACGAUUUUGCCCUUCAGAUGUGUCAUUAUAUUAAGGCGGCUUUGGCUCCAGAAACCUGCUCUAUCUUCCUUAUUGAACAUCCCAACCUGAAAUAUGCAACAACGCGGUCCGUAGCAAAACAUCCUCUUGGCAUUGAAGUUGGGCCUCAGCCCCAGGGGGUGCUCCGAGCCGACAUUCUGGACAAAAUGAGGCGGAUAGCCCGGCAUGGCCUUGACUUUGUGCACAUGUUCAAUGCAGGAAAACAAUUCCCUCCAUGCACCGUUGAGGCUUACAAAAUUACAGAGAAAGUUGACUAUCCCAGAAACAUGGAUAAUGAGAUCAUGGCCGCCAUUCACCCCAAGCUGCAGGAUCAAGACUGGCAUCCGCUAAACCCUGGCGAUCCUAUGUUUUUAACGCUUGAAGGAACAACUAUCCCAUACGAAGGCGAUGCCACAGUGUACCCAACCUUUGUGAACGAGGCUGCUUAUUACGAAAAGCAACAAGCGUUUGUCAAAACUGUAAAAGAAAAGCUGAGUGCAAGAGGCAUCAGAACCUUAGAACUGGAAUAAUUUGUCCGUUCCUUUUGAAAUCCGAGGGCUAGGUCUAUUGUGGACGUGUUUUGCCUUUCGAACCAAGGUGGCCGAAAUAUGGAGCUGUAACUCAGAAAUUGUAAGAAAUAUGUAACGUACAGGAAUAUGCAGAGCACUUUGAAAAUGAUAAUGCACUAGCCAAAAAAAAUAAUCCCAGGCAUUAGUAGCAUGAAUGUGUUUCAGCAUUCUUUUUACAAAUACUAAAACCUUUUCUUAAAAGCAUUUUUGAUAAUAUGGAAAUACAUUUUGUAUUUAAUGUGUUCUAUAAGGAGAGAGAAAAGGGCAAUGGAACAAUUUCAGCUUGUGAAGAUUUUAUGUCAACAGUAUUUUAUAUCAAGGAGGGGAUCCCACUGUUUGGACAAGCAACUGAUCUCUUUCUGUCUGCUAUGCAUUUCUUUCCCUGGACCACAGGGGGUUCCUGUACUUGUUGAUACCAACCUCCAGGAAUACCUUUCAUCCUUUAAAAAAAAAGAAGUUUAUUUAUUAGCAACUACUGCUAUUUAUUGGUGCUAUGUUUUAAUAACUGGAGCAAAGCAAUAUAAUUAAAUGCUAGUGAAAUGCA